AUUUCCGAACAUUUCCGAUCGAUAAAGGAAGUGUUAGUCUACUGUUUAAUGUGAAGCUUUGGAUAAAUGCGAAUUUAGAAUAAACUGUGCUAAUUGUUUGUAACCCACCUGUUGGAUAUUCUGACACCUGUUUCCAAAUCUUUAAACUUUCAGUCUUCUAGCAGAUAUGGAGCAAACGGAACAACCUCAGUCACCUGCAAAUAAACCGGAAGGGUUUACAUUUUUAUUUACAAUUUUAGAAGCGGUAGGAGCCGUGCUUAUUAUUUUAAUGAUAGUAUGGAUUACCGAAUUUAGAGGUGGUUUUUCUUGGACAUCUCGUCCAGAUCUUGAAUUUAAUUGGCAUCCUUUAUUAAUGACUAUUGGAUUUGUAUUUCUUUAUGCUAAUGCUAUGCUUAUAUAUAGAACACAAAGGAACGUUCGAAAAAGGCGAUUAAAAUUAAUACACACUGGAUUGAUGGUACUUACUAUUUUACUGACAAUAAUUGCAUUGAUUGCAGUCUUUGAUAGUCAUAAUUUAAAGAACCCACCCAUACCAAACAUGUAUACUUUACACAGCUGGAUAGGAUUAACAAGUGUAAUAUUGUUUUGUUGCCAACUGCUCGCAGGUUUCAUUACUUUUCUUUAUCCUGGUUUGCAUGAAUCAUUACGGUCAUCCUAUAUGCCAAUACACGUUUACUUUGGUAUAGCAACUUUUGUUGGAAGCAUUGCAGCUUGUUUAAUUGGACUCAACGAGAAAGCAAUCUUUGCUAUAAAGGAUUAUGGAAACUUUGUUUCCGAAGGAAUCUUGGUAAACAGUAUCGGACUAUUUUUAGUCAUUUUUGGAGCAUUAGCAGUAUAUUUAGUAUCGCAGGGACAAUAUAAACGUUUACCCAGACCGGAGGAUAAUCUAUUGCUGACAAAUAGAAACUAACUAAAAUGAUGAGAUAUUAUUAUCUCUUCAAAAUGAUAUUCUUAUCUAUGUGCUUAUGCUUCAAAAGCUCUUGAUAAGUUUUAUAUUGGUCUCAGAUUUUUAAUAUAUUUUUUCGUUACUUUUUCUAAGUAUUAUCAAUUUAUAUUAUCAGUUUAAUAGUUAAUAUUUGUUCAAUUGUUACAUUAAUUAAAUAUUAUAUAUUUCUAUUGUUAAUAUUAUUGAUGGUGCUAUUUUAAAUA